AUGGCAAGAGAUACAGAGUCAAACCGCCAGCAACAACGCAGGCGAUUCCCCACUACCAGACCCUAUAGUCUAGAAAGGCUCCAAAGAGCCAUCCUUCUGUUCGGAAAGCCCAAACCUGUUGCAAAGCGUAAGCCGCCAUACGCAAAUAUCGGCGAGUUCGCCGCCAGUUACAAUCUUCGAACACGGAAGGCAUCUCGCUGGAAAGAGAUCGACUUGGAUAUACCAGAUGACGACGAUGAUGAUGACAAUUACCAACCCAGCAAACGUCGUACUCGGAGAAGAAGAGCUGUGCAAUCGCAGCCAUUGGCAGAAGUUGAAGCGUCGACAUCACAUAUAGUCAAGUUCUCGUUUUCGUCGGUACGUGGCAAGUCAUUGCUGCUGCAGCUGAAGCACGCGGACGUUUUCAGUGACUUCAUAAAUAGCGACGACAACGGCGACGACGAAAUGGUCGAUGCUCCUUCAAAUAAUGGGAACCAUACAAGCGAUAUCACGCAAGAAGAUGUACCCAUGGAAGACUCUGGAGAAGUUGAGCUAACAAUCACCACGGCCUUUGCUCACCCCAUUGACUGCGAACUCAGCAACAAUUGCGGCUUUCCCUGUGAUUUCUGCACAGACUUCGCAUUCGGUAUGUUUGGUCUUGGGGUAAAGACCGUUGAAGUCAUUGAUCAUAGUACUUGGUUCGAGGAGCUUGACGGGGGUCAUCGCGAAGACGGCCAUAAACCAACACGAAUGUGCAAUGUAUGUGCACUUGGACGAUUACACAUCAUCAACUGUGGCGGUCAUCAAGUAUCAGCCAUACCAGAUUAUGAUCCACACACAUUCAACUUUCAGGCAGCAUUCAAUAGCCUAGGUGGACGCAGACUUCGAGGCCGACGCCAUCAAAUCAAUGAAUGGUGCUCGUUCUGUAUCAAUCCUGCAUUUUUUCGAUGCUCAACCACACAAAUUAUUGACAUGUUUGCAAAUGACAUUGAGGAUGAAUCGUCACCUGAAGCACAAGGGUGUGGUUUGCGCCUUUGUCAGGGCUGCAAAGCUCGUAUGGAUGAGCAUGGGAACGAUAUCAAUCGAGCCAUUGCGGCAAUACCCGGAUCAAUGGAGAAGAGAGGCGAUGCUGGUUUUUUGGUCAAUGGGAGUGAUCUAAACAGAUAUUUUAGCGAGUGA